AUGGCAACCAUGGCUGCCGCCCCCAUGGCUUCGUCGUUAUCCCAAAUUCUGACCGUGCCGCCAGCCAUUUCGUCCACCGUUUGCGCCAGAGUCUCCCGUGGAAUCACAUCCGUUAGAUUCACCCGCAGAAGCUCGCAGCGCAUUCACAGCGCAUCAAACGGCGAUAGGAACGUUUCAUUAGCGACGUCCGAAGCAGACGAGCGACGAGAGGCUAAAUUGAGGGAGCUUAUAGCGGAGCAGGCGGCGCAAGAGCAGGAGGAGGAGAAACCGUACCGAUUCGUGGACGGACGGAAGUACUAUCUAGAUGAGCUGGAUAUUCCGGGAUUUCUGGACGGCUCGCGGUAUUUACGGCCGUUUGAUCCGGAAACUUACAAUCCGGCAGUAUUUCUGUGGAAGAAGAUUGCCGACAUUCCCGAGGAGAGGCGCCACAGACUGCUGGAUCUGCUCAAACCCCAUCACUUCACGCUCAUGUGGGACGCGGCCGGCAAUCGCUUUCAGCUGGAGCAGGAAGAUGGGGAGGAAGGUGCGGACCCAGUGACGUCAGCAGGGGGGAUGCUGCCGGACGUUGCCACGUCAGCACCGCUGCAGCCGGAAAUAUGGGAUGGGAGAGUGAUUGGAGUUCCAGGUCCGUUGUCAUGGCUUUCGCGCUUUCAAAAGGCCUUCUUUGUUGGCGCUGAUGGGCUGCGCUAUGGUCGAGUCAUCUCAGGUGGCCCUCUCUUUACAGGCCUCUCCAAUGCAAUCACGCCCUUGUACUUCCGCAUCCGGGCAGCAACUAACGUUCUCGCAACAGACGAGCCGUGCGAUCUCUCCUUCGACUACGAGUCCGGGCAGCUGCACCUAAAAGAUUCCGGACUGCCCGAAGGCUUCCCUGACCCUCGUCCCCACCCGCAUAUAUUCAACGACGAUUUCAGGGACUAUGUGAGGGCAGCACGACCAGGGGUGAUAGUGGGGCAGUCAUGGCAGGAGGGCAGGGAGGUGGGAGGGAGAAAGGGGUUUCUUUCUCCUGGAAUUUAUUCUGCCUAA